AAACUGGCAACACGUUAUAUAUGAUCUUGCCACCUGAUUAGCUGAUUAUAGCACUUCGAUGUAGCUUAAUUUCGUUUAGUUUUAUUCAAUUAAUUUUGAAGCUGUUUCAUUCCAUCUAAAUAUUAUAAUUUCAGAAUGCAGAAUCUUGUGCACAGGACACUCCGAAUUAAGGGCUUCAGAAACUUUGCUACGAAACAUACACAACCCACAGCGGUGCGUAUCGUUGAAGUCGGUCCCAGGGAUGGUUUACAAAAUGAACCCACUAUUCUGCCAGCAGCAAUAAAAAUCGAGCUAAUAAAUGCUCUCUCGGAAACCGGCCUCCGGACAAUCGAAACGACCAGUUUCGUUAGUACCAAAUGGGUACCUCAGAUGGGAGAUAACAGUGAGGUGUUUCGUGGCAUCAACAAGUUUCCAGGUAUUAGUUAUCCUGUUCUAACUCCUAAUCUUAAAGGAUUCCAGGAAGCUCUCAAGGUUGGUGCAGAGGAAGUGGCCAUUUUUGGAGCAGCAUCGGAAAGUUUUUCGAAGAAAAACAUCAACUGCUCAAUCGCUGAGAGUUUGGCUCGGUUCGAAGAUGUAACGGAAGCUGCCAAAAAAGCUCAAAUUAAAGUGAGAGGAUACAUCUCCACUGUUGUUGGUUGUCCAUACGAGGGUAAAAUAAAACCAUCGGCCGUUAUCGGUGUGGUAGAAAAGAUGCUCGAAAUGGGAUGCUACGAAAUUUCGCUCGGUGAUACCAUCGGUGUAGGAACUCCUGGCUCGUUCUCGGAGCUUCUCCGUGAAGUAACUGAAGUAGUGCCGAUCAGCAUGCUGGCCGUUCAUUGUCAUGACACCUAUGGUCAGGCUUUGCCAAACAUCCUCACUUCGCUGGAUUUCGGUGUGGCAGUCGUUGAUGCUUCCGUUUCCGGGCUAGGUGGCUGUCCCUAUGCGAGGGGAGCUUCCGGCAAUGCGGCCACCGAAGAUGUCGUUUACAUGCUUCAUGGGCUGGGCAUCGAAACGGGUAUUGACUUGCCAAAACUGGUCAACGUAGGCAAGUUCAUUUGUGAAAAGUUGGGACGACAGUCCGAGUCGAAAGUGAACCGAGCCAUGCGCAAGACGAACCCCAACGCGCCAUGCUAGUAAAAUC